AUGUUCUCUACAAAUUCUGCAUACAACUGUCUCAGAUCUGAGCAGCCUCUCCAUCAGCCAAACAGUGGCUUUAGACAGCUAUGGGAAAUCAAAAUCCCCCCUGCAGCUUUAUCCUUUGCCUGGAGAUUACUCUGGGAUAGGCUUCCUUCUAAGGAUAAUUUAAUCAGUAGACAGAUUGUCCUCCAAAAUGAUCUAUGCCCUUUCUGCCAAAGCCAAGUGGAAUCUGCUUCUCACCUUUUCUUCACUUGUUAUAAAGUUAUGCCAUUAUGGUGGGAAUUCAACUCAUGGGUGAAGGAAGAUAGAGUUUUGCACAGCAAGCCUAUGGACAACUUUCUUCAGCAUUGUUCAUUGGUUGGAUCGAGGAAUUCUAACAGAAGGAGGAAGAUUUGGUGGAUUGCAGCUACCAAAUCCAUUUGGAGCCUUAGAAACGACAUGGUUUUCAACAACCAGUCUUUUGACAUAUCUAAAUUGAUGGACAGAUCUAUUUAUCUCACUUGGUCUUGGUUGAGGGGAUGGGAAAAGGAUUUUACUGUUCCUUUUCACCAAUGGUCCUCUUAUAUGUCUUUGUCAUUCAUUUAA